AUGCUUAUGGCCCGAGACACGGCGCGGGAUGAAGCUCAAAAGCUACACCGGAAGUGGCUGAAGCACCAGGCCUUUAUGGCAGAACUGGCCCGCAAUAAAGAAUGGCUGGCCAAGAUAGAACAGGAAGGUCAGGAGCUGAUCCAGGAGAAGCCUGAGCUACGUUCAGUGGUGCAGGAGAAACUGGAGGAGAUCAGGGAGUGUUGGUCCGACCUGGAGACCACGACCAAGGCCAAGGCCCGCCAGCUUUUUGAAAACAACAAACCCGAGCCAGCAGUGACGAGCUACUCAGACCUCGACAACCAGCUCUCCCACUUAGAGCGGCAACCCCCACAGUUGGAACAGGUGCACCAUCUGCCAACCUUCAAUGAACAGCUCCAGAAAUUCCAGGCUAUGGAGUCUCAGAUAGGGGACUUUUACAAGGAUGUGGGAGAUCUGGGAAGCUUGCAGGGUUUCUGCCUACCCCAGCGAGGGCUGAUGGCAGGUGACAAGGAGGGCGGUGAGCAGUCAGGCGAAGUGGAGACCCGUAUCGUCCGCCUCAUUGAGCCCCUGAAGGAGAGACGCCGCAUCCUGCUGGCUUCCAAAGAGAUGCACCAAGUUGCCCAGGACCUGGAGGAUGAGAUACUGUGGAUUCAGGAGAGGCUUCCCUUGGCCACCUGUAAGGAUUAUGGAAAUAACCUCCAGAGCAUACAGCAGCAUAUCAAAAGGAAUCAGGCACUCCAGAGGGAGCUGACAGGGCGGCGGGCUCGUGUUGAGGAGGUUCUUGAUCGAGCAGGAAUCAUUGCUUCACUAAGAACUCCUGAGGUGGAAUUUGUGCGUGAGGGAGCUGGACAUGUACGCCAGCUUUGGGAGGUGUUGCAGUUGGAAACGGAGAGGAGGUCUGUGUUGCUGGAUGCUGCACUACAGGCUCAACAGUACUACAGUGAGGCAGCUAAAGUGGAAUCCUGGCUGUCAGGGCAGAAGCUCAAUCUGAUCAGUGAAGAAAAAGGCACAGAUGAAGUGAGCACAUUGCAGCUGUUGAAGACUCACCUGGCUCUGGAACAAACAGUGGAGACAUAUGCAGAGACAGUAGGCAUGUUAUCUCAGCAAUGCCAGCGUCUACUGGAACUGGGACACCCAGACAGUGAGCAGAUCACCAAGCAGCAGUCCCACAUAGACCGGCUUUAUGUGUCUCUGAAGGACAUGGUGGAACACAGAAAGACCAAGCUGGAGCAGCAGUACUGGCUCUACCAGCUCAACAAGGAGGUAGAGGAGUUGGAGAAGUGGAUCACUGAGCGUGAGGCAGUGGCCAGUUCCACUGAGCUGGGCCAGGACCUUGAGGAUGUUACGGUGCUUCAGGAGAGGUUCACCAAGUUUGCCUCAGAAACCAACAGCAUUGGCCAGCAGCGCAUGGAGCAAGUGAACAAAAUGGUGAACGAGAUGAUAGACUGCGGCCACUCAGAUGCGGCCACUAUUGCUGAGUGGAAAGAUGGACUGAACGAGUCGUGGGCUGACCUCCUGGAGCUGAUGGAAACCCGCAGACAGAUGCUGGCAGCAUCACACCAGCUGCACAAGUUUUUCACUGACUGCAAAGAGGUCUUGGCUCAGAUUGCAGGGAAGAUGAAGCAGCUGCCAGAGGUGAGAGCGUGCCAAGCCAACAUUACCAAUCCAGCCACCCUGCAAAGACUCAUGCACUCUUUUGAGCAUGCCCUUCAACUUCUAGUGGCACAGGUGAGGCAGCUGCAGGAGAAUGCUGCCCAGCUGAGGACCAUCUAUGCUGGUGAGAAGGCUGAGACUAUUAUGGUCAAAGAGCAGGAAGUGAUGGAUGCAUGGAAGGAGCUGCUGAGCUCUUGUGAGGCCAGUCGAGUCCAAGUGACUUCAGUAACUGAUAAGGUGCAGUUCUUCUCAGUGGUCCGUGAAAAUCUAAUGUGGAUGGAAGGAAUCAUGGGCCAGAUAGGAUGGGAUGAGCCAAGGUAA